UGAAGGAGGAACGAACGACCAAGCAGUCUUUUCUUUCGAAGGACACUUGACAAAAACACUAAAACGAAGAACUAAAAAUAAACAACAAUGGAGUUUGAGGAUCACGCUUACACCAGCACCACUUAUGACAAAACCAGAUCCGUGGAGUUCACGUAUAAAAUGACUACCAAUGAAAUCGAGGAGUUUGUGAAGCUGAGGGUUUCAAAUAAUUACCUCUUCUCUGGAAGAAGAAAUACCUCCAUGUGGGCAUGGAGGGCCAUCCUGAAACACAUGGGCCUGCAAAACAAGAUGACUCAUAUUCAAGCAUCCAAAAAGUGGGAGAACAUGAAGAAGAGAUACAAGGACCUAAAGAACCCUCCAGAUGGGGUGAAAGUGUUCCCUGAUGCAUGGCCUUAUUUCAAUCUGAUGGACGACGCCAUGGAGGGUCGGCUGGAAGGCAACGCCCCCAUCCUCAAGGCCCUCUCCAACACUUGCGAUUUCGUAGCCAUCUCCAGACCCAAGAGGAGGAAGGUGGUGACCUCCCCCGUGCCUUCAUUAACAGGCGGGCCAGAGAUCGAGGUGUCGUUGAAUGGAGAUGAGGACGAGGAAGGAAACCAGGAGAUGGAUAACGCCAUGCAAGAGAUGGAGCACGGGAGGAGCUUGAUGGACAGUGAAAGACAGGUGAUGGAGAGGGAGAAACAGGUGAUGGAGAGGGAGCGGCAGGUGCUGCAGAGGGAGAGGGCGGUGCUGGAACGGGAGGUUGCCGCUCUGGACCGAGACCGAGCCUCGCUGGAGAGGGAGCGGGCGACGAUAGAGAGGGAGAAGGCGGUGAUGGAGAGGGAGAGGGUGGCGAUGGAGAGGGACAGAGAUGCUGUGAGCAGGGAGCGGCUGGCGCUGCAGCAGGAGAGAGCACGACUGGAAAGAAUGUCUGCACCCAAAGAAAGGACUGAGGAGGUGACAGAAGAGAGCAGCGGGGUGAGCGACUCAGACGUCACAGACAGGAAGGAGAGGUUCCUCAACCUGUUUGAAAAACUGAUUGAAAAUGUUUGAUUUAUGUUUUUGUUUUUUUGUUUUUUUGCACCAAACUUUCCCCCCAAAAACACACUUCUGGUUGCAUCUGCGUAUUAGAGGUCGACUGAUGUAUUGGUUUGGCUGAUAGGACGUUAAACAAACCAUCGUGUGGUAUGUGGACGAUGGCUGCCACUUCCUGGUUCAAACUAAAAUCUGUUGUUUCAAAAUAAAAGCCCUCUAGUGUUUCAUACACAGUCAAGCCAGUGGCAGCCUCCGAGGCUUAAUGAAUUAAUAACGCCAACAUGAGAAUGACGAAAACUCUAGUUCAAACAGCGACUUGAGGCUGGCCUCAGAAGCCAGUCAGUUCCCAUGCACCCCCAAGUGCCCAAAUUUACAGCAGAAUCAAACAUGUUUACAGCCUGGUACAUAAACAUGGUUCUGUUCUCUAACGCUAAUUUAAAAUUCAUGACAACUGUACAAGGUGCAAAUGUUUGUAAGACUCACCAUUCUCUGAUUGACAGGCUGUCUGCUGAUAGCGUCCUCAGCCUCUCAGUCAGAUCCACCCCUUCACCUCCACAGCGCCACCCUCUCACCCAAAUAUGGUCACUUAUAAAUCCAAAAAAACCAAGAUGGCGACGGCCACACCGCGGAACUGUAGGCUUCAAAAUAGGCGUCCACACACCACUGGGGGGCAUCACAGUAGCUAUGUGCAGUAUUUUUACAGUCUAUGGUUUUGACCAAGUCUUGUUUGUGUGUUGUAUGAAUCCUAAACUACGUUUACACGCACAAAAUAUUCAGUUUUUUGCCGAAUUCUGAAACACAGUAUUCCUACUAAGCAUUUUACAUGACUAAUGAAAAUGAAUAUUCCACUAAUAUUCCCGUUUACACGCCGCCCUGCAUACUCUGAUUAAUGUGCCUUAGCAAUAUGGAAAAGUGUAACGACUGGAGCUGCUUGUCAUUUUGCUUCUUUGCAUCAAAACAGGAUUUUUUUCAAAGUUUCAGACUUCAGACUUGUUGAACAUGGUGGUAACACAACCUUCUUCUUUCAUUCCUUCAAUGACCUUCUAGAACAGGGGCCUCAAACUCAAAUUAUAGCUGCUGCGCAGCAAUGGGUCGGGUGCGGGCAUUUUUAGGCAAUUCUGAGCAACAAGCAGAAGAAUUGGAAGACGUUUAGCAACACAAUCUGCCUUUUGCAUCAGCUGAGGCUUGAACUCACAACCUCUGAGACUAAGAAUCAAUUUCUAGCUCAUUGAGCUAAUUAGUCAGUGACAAUUCAUGUGUAGCUUCACAAAUUGACUAAGCCAGACGUGCAGGUUUAACAGCUGUCCAUACAUGGAAAAGCAGAUUUAAAACCACUGUAAAAAAUUCAGUUAUUGGUUAGUGAAAAACUGCCAUUUUUACAUUGACUCCAAUUGUUCACAUUAGAGCAAAAUUCAAAAUGCAGUCAAAAAUUCAGUUUUUGAGAUAAAAUUCUGAAAUUUGCAAUUUUGUCAUUUUUUUCAUGAAUAUUGAAGAUUUAUUUAGCAAGAAUUUGCAUGUAUAUAUUUACAGUACCGGCGGCACGGUGGUGUGGUGGUUAGCACUCUCGCCUCACAGCAAGAGGGUUGCCGGGUCGAUCCUGGGCGUGGGAGCCCUUCUGUGCGGAGUUUGCAUGUUCUCCCCGUGUCAGCGUGGGCUCUCUCUGGGCACUCCGGCUUCCUCCCACAGUCCAAAGACAUGCAGAUUGGGGACUAGGUUAAUUGGUGACUCUAAAUUGUCCGUAGGUGUGAAUGUGAGCGUGAAUGGUUGUGUGUCUCUAUGUGUCAGCCCUGCGAUAGUCUGGCGACCUGUCCAGGGUGUACCCUGCCUCUCGCCCGAUGUCAGCUGGGAUAGGCUCCAGCCCCCCCGCGACCCUCAAGAGGAUGAAGCGGUUAGAAGAUGAAUGAAUGAAUGAAUGUUUACAGUACCGUUUACAGUCAAACAUUUUGAUGCACUGUGGGCUCAAGUUUUGAUAAAUCAUAAAUCUGAGAAACGUAGUUUUUGUAGGACAGUCUGAAGAUGCUCUGUAGCAAGUUUGGUGUCAAUUGAGAAAAAAUUGUGGGAGGAGAUAGGUUUAAGAAGUUUUACAGUUUUUGAAAAAAAAAACAGUGAUGUACUUCAUAAUUUGCAAUAGGUUUUAAUGUACAAAAGUUUCUUCAGUAUUGGGG